UGAGUUUUAACCUAGGGUUUUAUUUCUCUUUGGGAGUCAUAUUCGCUGUCUCUCUAGAUUUCUCCUUACAUUUCCGCCGGCCGCCAGCAGUAGAGAUCGCAGUGUAUGAGAUAGUAUCAUUCUUAAAGAAAAAGAGAAAUCAUGAGGCCAAUUUUGAUGAAAGGCCAUGAAAGGCCUCUGACCUUCCUCAAGUACAACAGGGAUGGUGAUCUUCUCUUCUCGUGUGCAAAAGAUCACACUCCCACUGUAUGGUUUGCUGAUAACGGUGAGCGACUCGGUACCUACCGUGGACACAAUGGUGCCGUCUGGUGUUGUGAUGUUUCUAGGAAUUCAAAGCUGCUGAUAACGGGAAGUGCUGACCAAACUGCUAAGCUGUGGAAUGUUCAGAAUGCUGAGCAACUUUUCUCUUUCAAUUUUGAAUCUCCUGCUAGGGCUGUGGAUUUUUCUGUGGGUGACCACUUAGCUGUAAUUACAACUGAUCCUUUCAUGGGUCUUCCUUCGGCUAUUCAUGUGAAACAGAUUUCCAGUGACCCAACUGAACAGAAGGGAGAGUCUUUGCUCACAAUCAAGGGACCUCAAGGAAGAAUAAACAGAGCUGUAUGGGGACCCCUAAACAAAACCAUCAUAAGUGGUGGAGAAGAUGCUGUGAUUCGUAUUUGGGAUUCUGAGACUGGAAAAUUGCUUGUAGAAUCUGACAAGGAAACUGGUCAUAAAAAGACUAUUUCGUCACUCUCAAAAUCUGUAGAUGGUUCUCAUUUCUUAACAGGCUCACUUGAUAAAUCUGCCAAGCUCUGGGACUCGAGAACAUUGACUCUCAUUAAGACUUAUUCAACAGAACGCCCUGUCAAUGCUGUUGCUAUGUCUCCACUUCUUGACCAUGUGGUUCUUGGAGGUGGGCAAGAUGCAUCUGCUGUGACCACCACAGAUCAUCGUGCUGGAAAGUUUGAGGCCAAGUUUUAUGACAAGAUUCUUCAAGAAGAAAUUGGUGGUGUGAAAGGUCACUUUGGGCCUAUAAAUGCUUUAGCAUUUAAUCCUGAUGGGAAAAGUUUCUCGAGUGGAGGUGAAGAUGGAUAUGUAAGACUACAUCACUUCGACCCAGAUUACUUCAACAUAAAGAUGUAAUUGCCCACAUCAUCAGUUUAUGAGGGCAAUUUUAUUCUUGUCUUGGUAAUAAUAUCUCACCAAAGACCUUGAAUUAACAGACAAUUGAGAAAGAGAGAUAUAGUACUAUUUAAGGGUGGAUUAUUAUUAUGUUUUGAGAAGUGUUUUCAUUGAGUUCAUUUUUAAAACAUACCAUUUUUGCAUUUCUUUAUGAUGAAAGAUUAGAUUUGUGUUGAAGAUA